GCCGCUCGCUGCGCGUUUCCGGUUCCGGCGCGCCUCGCUCUGGUCCCUGCGGCUGGCGGCCGAGCCUUGUGCCUCCGCCAUAUUGUCUGUGUGCGGCCGGCGGGCGGGCGGCGAGCGGCGGCCGCGCAGGUGGAAGAAUCCAAGGCCAUUAUCCUCCAGUGCAGACCAGGCAGCCUCUGAUUUGCCAUCCCAUCAUUCCCACCUGCCAACCUGUCUGAUAUGUCGGGACCCGUGCCGAGCAGGGCCAGAGUCUACACGGAUGUGAACACACACAGACCCCGGGAGUACUGGGACUAUGAGUCGCAUGUUGUUGAGUGGGGGAAUCAAGAUGACUACCAGCUAGUUCGGAAAUUAGGCCGAGGCAAAUACAGUGAAGUGUUUGAAGCCAUCAACAUCACAAACAAUGAAAAAGUAGUUGUUAAAAUUCUCAAGCCUGUUAAAAAGAAGAAAAUCAAGCGUGAAAUCAAGAUCUUAGAGAACUUGAGGGGCGGCCCCAACAUCAUCACCCUUGCAGAUAUAGUAAAAGAUCCUGUGUCUCGAACACCCGCUUUGGUUUUUGAACAUGUAAACAACACAGACUUUAAGCAAUUGUACCAGACAUUAACAGAUUAUGAUAUUCGAUUCUACAUGUAUGAGAUUUUGAAGGCUCUAGAUUACUGCCAUAGCAUGGGAAUCAUGCACAGAGAUGUCAAACCUCACAACGUCAUGAUUGAUCACGAGCACAGAAAGCUUAGACUAAUAGACUGGGGUUUGGCUGAGUUCUAUCACCCUGGACAAGAGUACAAUGUCAGAGUGGCUUCCAGAUAUUUCAAAGGACCUGAACUCCUUGUAGAUUAUCAGAUGUAUGAUUACAGUCUGGACAUGUGGAGCUUGGGUUGCAUGUUGGCUAGUAUGAUAUUCCGAAAGGAGCCCUUUUUCCAUGGCCAUGACAACUAUGAUCAGCUGGUGAGGAUAGCCAAGGUGCUGGGAACAGAAGAUCUGUAUGACUACAUUGACAAGUACAACAUUGAGCUGGAUCCACGUUUCAAUGACAUCCUGGGCAGACACUCCCGUAAGCGAUGGGAGCGCUUUGUUCACAGUGAGAACCAGCAUCUGGUGAGUCCAGAAGCUCUGGAUUUCUUAGACAAGCUGUUGCGAUACGAUCACCAGUCACGACUCACAGCGAGAGAAGCCAUGGAACACCCCUACUUCUAUCCCAUCGUGAAAGACCAGGCUCGGAUGGGCUCCUCCAACAUGCCGGGUGGCAGCACUCCCGUCAGCAGUGCGAGUAUGAUGUCAGGGAUUUCCUCAGUGCCAACACCUUCCCCGCUGGGACCUCUAGCAGGCUCGCCCGUCAUCUCUGCCACCACCACGCUGGGGAUGCCCGUGCCAGCUGCUGCCGGCGCUCAGCAGUAGUGAGGGGCUCCUGUGUCCUGCAGCCUGAGCUGGGUCAGGUGGGGAAGAGGUUUCCCCUCACCCCUGCUCAGGAGGCAGCUCGUGCCUGGCAGGGGAAGGGAGGGGAUGAACGCUUUGGAGGCACCGUGUCUGAACUGUUGCUUGUGGAUUUAUAGUAGUUCAGUCAUUAUAUACAAAAUUAUUA